AUGACUCCAAUCGAGGCCGCGCUUGAGGAAAUGGACUCCAGGAGAAUCCUCAAGAAGCUUACCACCCCUCCUCCUCAGCAAGAUCGCGAAGGCUCUACCACCUCAACACUAAGCGCAGGCGACUGGAGAGGCAUGAGACGCCUCAUAAGAGCGGCGGUUGAAGAUAUAACUACUCUAGCAGCCAAGGAGCUUGAGGCUCAGGUCCACACUCAGAUUAUCAAGCACAACCUCCGUGAUGACGAGCUUGAAGAUGCCAAACGUUCACCACGGCGCAAGAAGAAGCCUAAGAAACGUAGUUCACUUGAAAGGCUUGAGCAAGAGGGUUACAGCCAAGGUGGAGCCUUACUCCUUUCACCUAAGGCGAUCACUAGAUACAGAAAACUUACAGCGCUGGUGGAGCAGGAAGAACUACAAGCACAACAACAGAAAGCUGCCCGAAAGGUAGAGAAGAUAGCUAGGAGAGAGGCCAGGCAAAGGCUGCUUGAAGAGAGGCGCCAAAUGGUCGCUAACACCGAGGUUGAAAGGGAGGCGCGGAGGGUGCAGAAGGAGGCAGAUCAGGCGGCAAAGCGCGAGGAGAAACAGCGCGCAAAGGAAGCCAAAGAACGGCUCCAAAAGCAGAGGGUAUUUGCUAAAAAGGGUAAUAAGAAAGAGCUCACCUCACAGAGCAAAAAGAAGCAGGUGGUGGCUGCACGAGGUGGUGCUAAG